UUACUAAUUGCCAAAUUAAUCCCAUUUACGAAAAAAAAAAAUACAACUACAAUCGCGUAAUCCGCAGCGAAUUGAGGACCGACCGAAUGACGGAAUUACCCUCCACCGCAGCAAUAGCCAACCACUCUGCAACUUCGAUUCUUCCCUCCCUCUUCAUUUCCCCCCCAAUUUACCCUCUCUCUCUAUAUAUCUCUACUAAAACACUCUGCUAGAGAGAGAAACCAACAGAAAAAACACAGGGAAACCGAAAAUGACGGAAGGAGGGACCACCUUGGAGUUCACUCCGACAUGGGUCGUCGCCGUCGUCUGCACAUUCAUCGUCGUCAUAUCCCUCGCCGUCGAGCGGCUCCUCCACUACCUCGGCAAGUUGAUGAAGCGGAAAAACCAGAAGCCGCUGUUCGAAGCCCUGCAGAAGAUCAAAGAAGAACUGAUGCUUUUGGGGUUCAUUUCCCUGCUGCUGACGGUGUUCCAGAACAGAAUCAACUCCAUCUGCAUACCCAAGCACUUGGCCGAGGAAUGGCUGCCGUGCAAUAAAGAAGAUGAGUCGGAAUCGACUGCGGCGGCGGCGAAGCAUUUCGUGACUUCUUCGUUCUCUUUCUUCGCCGGCGGCGGCGGGGGGAGCCGUCGGCUUCUGGCGGAGGCCGCUGGGAACAGCUGCAAAGAGGGGAAGGUGCCCAUCCUAUCGACAACAGCAUUGCACCAUCUUCACAUAUUCAUCUUCGUGCUGGCUUGUGUCCAUGUUGCUUUCUCAGCUCUCACCAUUCUUUUUGGAAGCGCAAAGAUAAGACAGUGGAAGCAUUGGGAAGAUGCUGUCUCAAAGCAGGAUUUGGACCCUGAAAAUGCAAAAGGUGGUAGACUUAUCCAUGUCCAGGAUCAUGAUUUCAUCAAGAACCGGUUUCAAGGAAUGGGGAGGAACUCUUACCUUUUUGGCUUGGUGCAUUCAUUUUUCAAGCAGUUCUAUGGAUCUGUUAGCAAAUCCGAUUACAUCACAUUGCGGGCAGGUUUCAUCAUGACUCACUGCAGGGGAAAUCCAAAGUUCAAUUUCCACAAGUACAUGAUGCGAGCGCUCGAAGCUGACUUCAAGAAAGUCGUCGGUAUCAGUUGGUAUCUUUGGGUCUUUGUCGUUAUCUUCCUGUUACUGAAUGUGGCUGGAUGGCAUGCAUACUUCUGGAUCGCUUUUGUUCCCUUUGGUCUUCUACUGGCCGUCGGUACCAAGUUAGAGCACAUCAUAACCCAACUGGCCCAUGAAGUAGCUGAGAAACAUGUAGCUGUGACUGGAGAUUUAGUGGUUCAGCCUUCAGAUGAUCUCUUCUGGUUCCGCAAACCUAAGCUUGUUCUGUUCCUUAUCCAUAUCAUCCUUUUCCAGAACUCCUUUGAACUUGCAUUUGUCUUCUUCAUAUGGCUUCAAUACAAGUUCGAUUCCUGCAUAAUGGGGAAAGUCGGUUACAUCAUCCCCAGACUCAUUAUAGGGGCAUUUGUGCAGUUUGUCUGCAGCUAUAGCACUCUUCCUCUCUAUGCCCUGGUGACACAGAUGGGAAGUCAAUUCAACAAGGCGGUAUUCGACGAGCACGUUCAAGUGGGACUGGUCGGUUGGGCGAAGCAAGCCAAGAAGAACACCGUUCUAAGAAAGGCUGCUGCCAAUGGUGGGUCGUCUACUACCCAUCAUGCUGCUGCUGACAGAGAAGAUUCUUCUUCUCCUCCUCCCCCUGCUGCUCCUCUGGCCGCUGCCUUCCAAAUGGCGAAAAUGGCAAAGAAAGAGAACAACAAUGGAGAAGGACGGGAGAUUGUUGGUGAUUAUAAUGGAACUGGAACGGGAACUGCUGCAGCUUCUUCCCAUGGACCCCAUAAGAGCAGUUGAACCAUAAUGGGGGAAAAGCUGACUUUUUUGUAAAUUGAUGGUGAUAACAGUUGAGAAAAGUUAGAUAUAUACUUGAAGUUUUACUCUGCCAAACAUGGUCUUAUUUUGUCGAAGUACAUAAGCUCAGAGUGUAUUGUUAUUGCGAGCUUAUUGCACUGAAAUUACUUUCCUUUUUUACUAUUAAGUACACCUUAUGGCGAGAAGAUUGUUGUCUAGCUACUUGAAACAGAGCUAUUUUUUUUGUUGA